AUGGCAGAUAUUCCCAAUUCUGAGAAGCGUCUACGCGAGCGCCUCGAGCAAGCACUCCAAGAAAACUGGCGCCGGCUGACUGUACCCCGCUCUGAAUCUAGAAGCCGUCCACGACACAGCUCCUUCAGCCAAGGCAGGCCGCGCGAGAGGAGGGCCAGCGCGCAUUCUCUCGACCUCGAGAGGCCAGACAACAUCGCAACUAUACACAGAGCACAAUCCCUCAGCAAAAUGGCCACACUAUCAUUAAAAAUCUCGUUGGAAGGCGGCAAAGUUGUCAAAACCAUUCAGUUCGACCCUUCCACGACAGUGUACGACGCGUGCCGCAUCAUCCGUGAAAAAAUACUUGAAGCUAGCUCUAGUGACCCAAAAGAAUACGGACUCUUCUUGGCAUCGGAGGAAGAUAAUAAAAAAGGAAUAUGGCUGGAAGCGUCACGGAGCCUCGACUAUUACAUGCUGCGCAAUGGAGAUCUACUGGAAUACAACAAGAAGAUGCGAAAUUUACGUGUCAGGAUGCUUGACGGAACUGUAAAAACACUUCUGGUGGACGACAGUCAGAUCGUAGCAAAUCUGAUGGUGGUAAUAUGUACCAAAAUCGGCAUUACCAAUUACGACGAAUAUGGACUGGUUCGCGAAGAACAAAAAGAAGAAGUAGAUCCCUGUGAAAAACCUAACUAUGGAACACUAACCCUGAAACGGAAGCAUCAGGAAAAGGAGCGCGACACUAAAAUGGAGCAGCUCAGGAAGAAACUGAGAACAGAUGAUGAAGUGAACUGGGUGGAGCCGUCCAAAACUCUACGCGAGCAGGGUGUAGAAGCCACUGAAACUCUUCUGCUACGCCGUAAGCUUUUCUACUCGGACCGCAACGUAGACUCGCGCGACCCCGUGCAGCUGAACUUGCUGUACGUGCAGGCGCGCGACGCGAUCCUCGCCGGCACGCACCCCAUCACGCAGGAUAAAGCCUGUGAGUUUGCCGGAAUACAAUGUCAAAUUCAGUUCGGCGAUCACAAGGAGGAUAAACACACGCCAGGCUUCUUAGACCUCAAGGAGUUUCUGCCCGCGUCUUACGUAAAAGUCAAAGGCAUAGAGAAGAAAAUAUUCAAAGAGCACCGCAAACACAUUGGCUUGAGUGAAUUGGACGCUAAAGUGCUCUACACUAAAAGCGCGAGAGACUUGAAGACCUAUGGUGUUGCGUUCUUCCUGGUCAAGGAAAAAAUGAAAGGCAAAAAUAAAUUGGUCCACGUCUUCUUGGUGUCACGAAAGAUUCCGUGCUACGUCUGGACGAGAAAACGAAAGAGAUUCUUCAGACUUGGCCGCUGA